AUGUUACAAGCAAAAAAGUGUUUACAUUUCUUUCGCAGAAAAGUUUUAUCCAGAAAUUACCAAGUGACAAUAGUUGGAGGAGCGAGUGAAAUUGGACAAACCACCGCUCUAUUACUGAGAAAUCAGCGACCAAUCACAAAUCUAGUUAUUCACGACAAUGAUACACACACUCCCGGAGUCGUUUUAGAUUUAUCACAUAUACCUGCAAUGUCUGCAAUAAAAGGUUACGUAGGAAAUGAUUCUUUAGACAUCGCGUUACAACAUUCUGAUAUUGUAAUUACAACCGGGGCCAUACAAAGUCCAGCGUUAUCCGAGAAGUCUAGAUUACAUUUUAAUGCUGAAUUUAUUAAGUCAUUUGCUACAAGAGUUGCAAAACUAUGUCCUAUGCCUUUCAUAGGCAUUGCGACAGAACCAAUAAAUGUAAUAGUACCAAUGGCCGCUGAAGUAAUAAGAAACUACGGCGGUUAUGACCCUAAAAAAUUAUUUGGAAUCACUAGCGCUGAUUUAUUUACAGCACAGGCUAUGUAUGCAUCUAUAAAUAAUAUGAAUCCACAGGACUGUAUGGUACCUGUUAUAGGUGGUCAUUCGAAUGAAACAAGCAUUCCUUUGCUGUCACAAUCUAAGCCCACUUGUAAUUUAAGCCAGAAAUCUAUCGAAGAAUUUACAACCAAAUUCCGGUCUCAAGAAGAUUUCGUAACAAAUUCAAAAAAAGGAUUGUCGCCAACACUGUCAAUUGCAUAUGGUGUGUCGAUAUUCGUUCAAGGAAUAUUAAAUGCACUAGAUGGUCGAUCGAAACAAAUACAUGCGUAUGUUGAAAAUAACGAUUUCGGUACAUCGUAUUUUGCCGGUAUGGUGUCAGUGGAUCAGGACGGAGCUGGUGAAAUGCAACGAUAUACCAAUUUGUCAGAUUUCGAAUGCCAUUUAUUGGAACGCAGUGUUGAACAACUAAGAAAAGACGUUUCUAAGGGUAAGAAAAUGUUGGAACUGGCAUAAUUUACACAUUAAAUUGCCCGAU